GGUGACUUGGGGACUCAAUGGGGCCGGGACGAACGCUGCUGCUGCGGCCACUGCUGCCGCUGUUGUCCCAGCUGCUCCAGUUGCUACGACUAUUGCAGCAGCAGCAGCAGCCGCAGCAGGGGCGGCUACAGGCGCUGGUGCACCUCCUCCUCCUCCUGCAGCAGCAGCAGCGGGCAAUAUUAAACCACAGUUCGUGUAUCGACACGGCAGUGGCCGUGGUGUGGGCAGCAUGGAAGGAGGAGGAUGUAAUGGGACGAGCGUGAAGUAGUGAGAGAAGAGAGAGCGAGCGGGUGUCUGGUGGGGCCUGCAGCCGCCGCCGUGGACGGGCUCGACACGCGGCCAGCGAGGAGGCUGCGGCUCGAGAGAGGAGGACGCGGGGGGAGACCAUGGCGAGUGGGCGAGUGGCUAGGGGCAUCGUCCCAGCUCUCGUGAAGGCUUUCUAGGCCCCAGCGUCACAGCAAACGCACACUGCUACAGACCGACAAGCGGACGAAUCCACCGACCGACCCCGCCACGUCGCCCGCGGGCCAAGCCAGGAGAAACCGAGAGACGGGCAUCGUUCCAGACGGCGCGGGGAACGGCGACGGCGCCACGAGCACGGGCGCCCGCGCGGAGGCGGAGCCAUGGUGCUGCAGGAGCUGAGCGGGCGCACGCCGACCGAGGUGGUGUCCGAGGGCAACGGGCGGGUGUACACGGAGGGCACGGAGGGGCCCGGCGCCACCGACACCGCCGCCGGCAAGCAGGCGCCGGCGCAGGGCAAGCAGCCGCCGGCGCAGACCGCCGCCAAGACGGCCAUCGUCCUGCUCAACGGUGCCGCUGCGGGUGAGCGAGGUGACCGACAGGAAAGUCCUGGCGCCGAUGGCGGCGGCGGCGGUGGCGGUGGCCGGAAGGUGGAGGGCGUAGAGCUGGCGGAGGUGCGCAGCGCCCAGGAGGAGGACGCCCUGCUCGAGAGCGGCAGCCAGGCCACGGAGAGCGACGACGUUGGCAGCACCGAAGUUGACACGCACAGCACCCACAAGGAGUCCGCCUUCUCCAUCGGCAUGCAGGUGCUGCUGCCCUUCCUGCUGGCGGGGUUCGGCAUGGUCGCCGCCGGCAUGGUGCUCGACAUCGUCCAGCACUGGCCGGUGUUCAAGCACGUGGAGGAGGUGUUCAUCCUCGUCCCGGCCCUGCUGGGCCUCAAGGGGAACCUCGAGAUGACCCUGGCGUCUCGCCUCUCCACCGCGGCCAACAUCGGGCACAUGGACUCUGCCCCGGAGCAAUGGCGCAUGAUCACGAGCAACCUGGCGCUCAUCCAGGUCCAGGCGACGGUGGUCGGCUUCCUGGCGGCGAUUGCCGCCGUCAUCAUGGGCUGGAUCCCCGAGGGCAACUUCGACCUCCACCACGCCGUGCUGCUGUGUGCCAGCAGCGUCGCCACCGCGUUCGUCGCCUCCCUCAUUCUGGGCCUCAUCAUGGUGGGGGUGAUCGUGGGCUCCAAGAAGGUGGGGAUCAACCCCGACAACGUGGCGACGCCCAUCGCAGCCAGCCUGGGCGACCUCAUCACGCUGUCACUCCUCGCUGGCAUCAGCAGGGAACUCUACGGCUAUAUAGAAGUGUUCAAGUUCGUGUCGCCACUCGUGUGCGGCCUCUUCGUGGUGCUCACGCCGCUGUGGGUGAUGGUGGCACGCAGGAGCCCGCAGACGCGCGAGGUCCUCUACUCGGGCUGGGAGCCCGUCAUCAUCGCCAUGACCAUCAGCAGCAUCGGGGGCCUGAUCCUCGACCGCACCGUGUCUGACCCCAACUUCGCGGGGAUGGCCGUGUUCACGCCCGUCAUCAACGGUGUGGGCGGGAACCUGGUGGCCGUGCAGGCGAGCCGCAUCUCCACCUACCUGCACCUGCGCAGCCUCCCGGGUAUCCUGCCGGACGAGGUCAAGUCCACGUGCCCCACGCCCUGCCGCACAUUCUGCAGCGGAGUGGUGAACUCGCGGUCGGCGCGCGUUCUCUUCCUGCUCGUAGUGCCGGGCCACCUCGUCUUCCUCUACACCAUCAACUUCAUGCAGGGUGGACACACAACGCUCACCGCCAUCUUCAUCGUCUUCUACCUGAUGGCGGCGCUGCUGCAGGUGGUGCUGCUGCUGUACCUGGCCGACUGGAUGGUGCACUGGAUGUGGCGGCGGGGCCUCGACCCGGACAACUUCUCCAUCCCCUACCUCACGGCCGUGGGCGACCUCCUGGGCACGGGGCUGCUGGCGCUCAGCUUCCACCUGCUCUGGCUCAUCGGCGACCGUGACACCGACGUGGGGGACUAGACGGCGUUGGGCCGCACGGACGCGGCACCGUUGCGGCUCGACGGGGCGCGGUGUGGCCGCGUGGUGGCGGCGGUGGAUACGGGAGAGAGGCCCGCACAGCGCCGAUGGCCGUCUGACUGGUUCCCCCGCCCCUAUCCAGCCACUGCUGCCACUGGCGAAGAAAACCUUAUUGUCCGUAACGUUCAGUGCACUAGCAAAAUUGUGUCAAUUUACCCAAGCCAGUAAUAAUGUUGAUAUUAAUGAUCAUAAAAAGAAAACCAAAAAAAAACCAGGAAGGAAGCAACUCAAUGAGAAGCACUUAACGUGAACAGGAUUCUUUCCUCCCGUUGUUAAUUUUGUAAUUUUUUUUAAAGUGACUUUGGAAGAUUGGCAAGGAUGCUUGAUUGCUGCGCCGUGCUGCGCCAGACCCUCUUGCCCCGAGGCGCGUCCGCAAAACCACGGCUCUCAGCUGCCGUCUCGCACGCCUGCUGCCACCACCGAUCUCGGAUUACGUGGAGUUGCACGUACUCUCUGUUUUAUCGCCAUCACCGAUACCACCGACGUUGUCACCGUGCGUCUCUCGUGGAGCGUUCCCCUCCCCUUCCCCCCCGGCCGACGCUCGCGCUGUGCGUCCGCUCCACUGUGGCGGAGCGCCCUGGCGGUCCGUCGCGCUUCACCACAGCUCCAGGCCGUGGGACUUGCAAGGUCGUCGCGGGUCCCUGCGGAGUUUGGCGACGUGAGCUGAGAGCGGCGCUUUAACUCUCGCAACUCCUCGCGCCCCGGGGACCAAGGACUCUCUCGAGAUGGCUCGCGUCUGGACAAGCGACGGCGUGCAUCGUUCCGACCGACACGGGUCAGCCCCCGGCCUCGUCGAGGAGUAAAAGUUCUCGGUCUCGCGCGGGUGGCAAGCGCUCGCCUGGGACGCACGGCGCUCUUACCCGCAGCUGGCCCGUGGGACCCGAGCGCUCGCGCGUGGGUGGACUCGUCGCCGGCCUUGACGGCCGCAGCCGGUACGCAGACCAGGGGACGUGUCGGGGACGCGUCCCCAUCGGUCGCGUCGAGAAAAAUGCAGAAGCAGGCACCGCCGCGCGCGCGGCAAGCACGUGUCACUGGAUCGAGCGCGGCGCAGGCUAAAGCGAUUAUCGGCUAAUUCAAUUCCAUUGAAAUGCUGUUUUUAAUUAAGCGGCAAUGUAAUCUGUGCAAUUUAUAGACUGUCUGCUCGAGAAUGAUCGUACGCUCGAUGGAAAUGCAGCGAGUUGCUCACUAAGCAAAUUAAAAUUUAAUUCCGUAGUCGGGGGGGCGGCGCCGCCGCAGGUUCCGAUCGCUCGUGGCUGCCGCGGCGGCCGUCGCUCGCGAAUUAGCGAGCCCGGGCGCUGGUGCGCGGUAGCAGGAGCCUGCUAUCUAUCGCCGCGCUCCCGACGGCGCGUCCAAAGUUUCCGCUUCGUUCGUUGCACCUCGUUUCAACGGCCGACCCGGUCCCGAGUCAAACCCCGUUACGUUUUUGUGUGGUUUCCGGUUGCGGUUUUGAAGCGCACGGAGGCAGCCGGCGUGGGCUAGCGCUCGAGAUCCCUCCGUCAGUAUCGUCGCGUUCGCCCGUCAUGUGCACAACGCACGCGUUCGGCGGGCCGUGAGCAAAUUCAUCAUUGUCCCAAUGAUCUCAGCGAAUCGUUGUCGAGAAACACGCACGCAGAUGUGUGCAAGCAGCAUUAUGGAUCGUCCUUAUCGAGGGCCCCGGCGGGGGUAGGGGAGGGGGGCAUGGACUGCAAAUAGUGCCGGCGUCGUGCGCCGCUCUGAGUUGUGAGGAGAGGGACACGAACGCCCGCAGUGCGGCGCGUCCGCCCCGCCAAGCGGGCAAACGGAAACGCCGCCCCCUCUUCGGCACGCGCCGUCGUCCCUCCUCACCGUCGCACGCACGUGACCCAGUGGUGACCCAGUGGUGACCCAGUGGUGACCCAGCGGUGACCCAGCGGUGACCCGGCGUCACUGAUGACCCCAAGCCCCCCCCCCCACUGCCCCCCUCGCCCCGUGCCAGGCUCCACGGAGCGGCCCUCAGAGUUGAGGCGCGCACGGCACGGCACCGUGCCCUACAAACUCCGGCUACCGUUAGACCCAGUGAGUGUGAGAGAGCACCGGGCCUCGGCAAAGGCCUCCCACGAAUCUCGUUGGUUGUAAUUUUUUUGUUUAAGUCUCCUUUAGAUAUUCCUCCAUCUGUGAUCGUUGUCACGUGACUCUGAAGUCGAAGCCUUAAAAUCGCCGACCUUUUCCGCCCGUGGCAUUGGUCCGCCGUCACAGCGUGUCCGGGUGGGAGCACGCCAGAGCGUCCGCUCACCGCUCGCACGCGGCCGUGAGGUUACAGCGGUCGUGCGCUGCGCAAACGCGGAGGAAGAUUUUCUUUUUUUAUCAAACCCAACCGAGGAAGCUGGAAUGUGUCCAAGCAAACAGCUCUGAGCACUCGGGUGAUCAUGACAUGGCGUGCUGAGAGGGGGCCCUUUUAGUUAGAUGAGUCAUUAAGCAAGCCGUGUGCCUUCCUGGCUCAUUAAAGUCAGCCGCUGUGCAAUUACAUGCGACGCUAUGCAUGCACUUCUGUGGUAACGUUCGCUCGCUCGCUCCUCUCUAACACUCUGUCUCGCUCUCUCUCGCUCGCUCUCUCGCUCGCUCGCUCUCUCGCUCUCGCUCUCUCGCAGCCCAAGGACAAAGCUAGACGGUAAUUGUUACUGAAGAGACUGAAGGCCAGCAAGAUUGAAAUUGUUCUCGUAUUCAUGACGAUAAGACUUUCAUAUUUUUUUUUUGGACGAGCUUGUGAAAUCUAUUAAGUAUUUUAUCAUGGACGGUCAUCGGUAACUAAGUGAGUCGAUGAAGAAUUUAGUUCCGCCUUUUACUCGACAAGUUUUUACACGAUUGUGGAUGAUUUAAAUUUCACGAAGGGUGUCCCCACCUAGUGGUGCAAGUCCGUGAUGAAGAUAUGGACACCUUUUAAGAGUUUUAACAAAUGUACGUUUUUGUUUGUUUAAAAAAAAAAGUACAUUUUGAAUCUUGGAGAAGGAUGAUCGCAAAUCACAUUGUCAUCGUUUACAACGAGAAUCAUUACGGUGAGAAAGAGAAACGGCGCGGCCGUUUUUGAGGUCGCACCGCGCGUUGUUUAAGAACGAUGUCCGAAGUUUCGGCACGACCCGGUAACACGCGGGAGAACUGCACGUCAGUACAACCGCCACGUACAGAGUAGUACACUAUAUAUAUUUAUUUUUUAUGUGCCACUCCCAGUAUUUCAUCCCAAUUGAAAAAAUAUUUUUAAGGACAUGGUUCAGUAAGUUUCCCCGCGGGCAUUUCUAGGAAUACAUUAGCUGGUGGCUUCCCCCCCUCUUCCCCCCAUGCUCACAUUUAUUAUUUAUGAAGCGUCAUCACCAUACAUCUGAAUCCCUUAAUUAAAACACCCCCGCGCCAUGAAGGGGCGGUGUGCAGACACACACGAGAGCCUCUUCAAGUUGCCUCUGCCAGCCCGACGUGUGGGACUAGCAAUCCUGCGCGGUUACAGAUCGCUCCGUUCCCCAUCUAGGUCAGAGCCACGCUCACGACAGAGAGAGGGAGAGGCUCCGUCCGCCAAAUUGCCCGCGGCCUAUCGCUGCGCUGCCACCCGCCCGCCCGCCCGCUCGUUUUAGUAAUUUUAGUUUUUUGCCAAACUGGAGCCUGCAGGCCCUCGUCUCCGUGACGGGGCUUCCUUUGAUCUUGUCGGCUGCGAACGUCGUCUGCGAACGUUUGCCAAAGCUGCGCUUAAUCCGGUGCGCGCGUCGCAUUUCACGAACUCUGAUGACGCGCAGCUGCGGGUCGAGGUUUAACCCCGGGGCCUCGCCCCACACGGCCGUGCCUCGCUCCCUCGCCGCUCCGCCCGAGAGAUGUGCAGCGGUACCAAGGUCGCGUGAAUUGAGCUGUUACCGCCGAAGCUGCGUCUCCUGCCCCCCCCCCCUCACCCUCGUCUUGACCCCACCACAACCACCACCACCACCCACUUGCGCCCCCACCCUUAGUGGCAUCUGCAUCCCCGGGCAGCCCAGCGGCCACCACGCCAAGCUAAGUGGGGCCCUGUCGGUCGUCAUCUCGAGUGUUGCUGGGAGCAAUGUGCUGGCCAGCGCUCGGAGACUACCACAGCGGCUCCCCAACCAGACCACGUAACCCUCCAACCAGACCAGGGACUACCCAACCGACAGCGUUGUCUUGAACAAGCGGUGGGGUUUUAACUGCGUUUGUGCCCCUUCAAAGAGCAGGGCCAAUCUCACAGCCUUGCAACAAAUUCCACAUGCGGGCAGAUACCUGGCCAGCGAACGUGUGUGUGUGUCGGUUCAUAGGUGCUCGCUAACAGCACUUGCCCCUACAGUUUGUUAAAGCUAUAUGGGGGAUCUUUGUCUGUUGCCGUUGUGGUUCUUGUAAAACAAAAAAAGUACCUUGGUUGUGGAAACCCCCCAUUGAUUAAUACGAGGUUGAUUUUUGAGAUCUCUUCCCAUUCAAAAAGAGGGCCCUGUUUCACACGUGGCGUUGUUAUUGUUUCGAUUUAAAGCUUGUUAUUGUUGUCAGUGCUCUCAUCGUGAAAACUACUGGGCCAAUGAUACCUGUGCUACUUUUUGUACAUAGUGGCUGGGAGCGUCGAUUUUUUUUCCUUCUUCCUAAAAGUGGCCGUUUGGUAAAAAAAAUAAUUGUAGCACUUUCUAAAAAAAUAGCGUUUGGGAAAAAGCGUAAGUUUUAAUUUAACGCCAAACAUAGAACAAAUAUAUAUUUUAUUUUUUAAAGCAUCGCCCAGUGAGCAGUGGGUUUGGAAUAAGGCUGCUCUCCUCCGUUAGGUUUUCUUACAAAAACAAAAAUAAUAGCCAGCACAUGUUCGGUUACGUUUUUGUUUGUACAUUAUAUAUUCUUACACGGGCACACACAAAAAGCACAUUCACACAUACACACAAUGUAUACAUUGUAAAAUACAUUACAGCUAUGGUGUUGUACGCACAAACACACGUUGUUUUAUACCCAGUAAACCCACAAUACAGACGUACAGUCAAGUACAUUGUGCUCACCCGCUCACCUCCACCUGCUCACCCCCACACGCUCACCCUCACCCGCUCACCCGCUUACCCCCACACGCUUACCCCCACCCGUUCACCCCCACACGCUCACCCUCACCCGCUCACCCUCACCCGCUCACCCGCUUACCCCCACACGCUCACCCCCACCCGCUCACCCCCACCUGCUCACCUUCACCCGCUCACCCGCUUGCCCCCACCCGCUCACCCGCUUACCCCCACCCGCUUGCCCUCACCACUCACCCCCACCCGCUCACCCCCACCCGCUCACCCCCACCCGCUCACCCCCACCCGCUCACCCCCACCUGCUCACCUUCACCCGCUCACCCCCACCUGCUCACCCCCACCCGCUCACCUUCACCCGCUCA